AUGGCUAUAAAUCAUGUAUUUGACAAUCGAAGAACAGGUUCUUGGUGGCCCCCAAAGCCAUGGAUCUUGGUCCAAGAGACCUCUAGAGUCACAGGCUUUGCCUCACUGCUAAAUGCAUUGAGAGCCGCCACUAAGGUCUCCAAAGACUCUGAUAAGAUGUCAACAUCAUCACCAGAGUCCAGAUUGUGCAAGAACAAGCUCUUGUCUCCACCAUGCCCCCACUAUGCUGGACAGCAGUUUAGAACCACACUCUACAAUGACUGGAAGCGCGAGGAUUCGAUUUAUUGCCACAGGAGGUAUGGCCAUCCUCUCAGUAGGUCUAGGAGAACAGUACCAGACUGUCAGAUAACAGCCAGGACAGUGUAUAAUCCACGAGGCAUGAACCCACCACCAGACUUUAGCAGUUCAGCAGGGAUGCCACAAAUGCCUAACUUCCCUAACUUCUCGUCAGAGUCCCACAUGCAAGUAAUCGGUGUUACUUCCGAUCACCAACAAUCGAGCUGCGCAACAUGCAUCCAUGAUCUCCGGUGUCUGCCUGUUCUUGAGUGUCCAGCAAUGAGGGCUGUAGCACUGGCACCAGGAGUCACCCCCACCUCCAAUACCUUGCUCGUUGUAGUCGAGCCAGAAAUCCUUAACCUCUCAAAGUCCCAGAGAAGACUGUUCUCUCUACUAUUAGCUCUUGAUCCAUGGGGACUGAUAGACAUCUUGUCACCAGCUCAGUCACAGCCAGAUACCUCAUUGAAAUCACCAGGAACAAUGAAGAUAUCCCAAGAGGAUGACUCCGACUUGAUAGGAAAGAAAGUAAAAGCAGAAAUGCUGUAUUGCGUAUUGGCACUGAUGGCCAGAGUCCUUGUAACGCUGCCUUUGAUGGUAAACAGUUCUGGAACAAGAACAACUACGGGUACUAUGUGGUACCAGGUGACUGUGAGCGAUACAAGUCUGGAGGGAGCGCCUAGUACCACGUUUGAUCGACCCAUGACUUCUCUUAUGUGUGCAGGUCAUGCUCUUCAGGCAACGUGGGGACUGUUUUGCCAUGUGGAUCAGCUUUGUCGCCUGUACGACGUGGAUAUCGCUGGGAACUUUAGCGAAUCUACAGCGACUGGCUUGACUAUCUGCAUGACCCGGAUACCACCAGCUCAGACACCGGUCUAUACCAACUCCCCCACGACUACCACUCCUUCCAACAUGGACUCCACGGCUGCAACUCCUUCCCCCACCGGCCCCACCUCGAGCAUCACCCCGGGCGCCACAACCUCAGCCUCCGUCAUAGCUUCUGUCUCAACCGCCCCUCCUACCACAACGGCCCCUCCUCGAUCCGUCACGAAGGCGAAUGUUUUCCCGACGGUGGCCCUCAUCGGCGACCUUAGCAGCGUAAACAUGAGCGAUGUAUGCGAGAACGAAGGGGGUUUUCUCCCUCCCUAUCUCUACAAGGCCCAGAUCGACACACUGUUUGAUACGCAGGAGUCCGUGGCAGCGUGGACGACCCUGGUGGGGGAAAAAUGCUUUGGAGGAGACUGGAUUUUGGUUUGGGCGGACGGAUCCAGAUUCAGGGAUGAUGUAACCGGAUAUAAGGUGUCCGCGGGGUCGACGGCGUUCGGAACUCAGAGAAAUGACUCGCAGCGGGUUUGCUUCGCUCUGGAGGGCCCCGAAUUCGUGGCUCAUUCUUGCGACGGGUCGACGAUCACGACUUCGAUGAGCGUCGUGUGUCUCGCGCCUCCUGUCGUUUUCAAGUCGGUUAACGAAACGAACAACGCCAGCUAUGACAGUCAGGACUCGCUGUGUAGGAGCGAAGGCGGGAAACUUCUUCCUCGUCUCACCCGGGCCGUCCUCAAAGACCUUGUUUAUUACUACGGAAAAAUGACAGCUUGGACGACAAUGAUGGGGAAAGUGUGCCAGGGAGCAGACUGGUCUCUGGUGUGGCCGGACGAAACGAGGGUCGAUAAUGAAACGCUGGAUCUUCCAUGGUCCUCAGGCCAAACGUUUUUCGCCAACGCAUCGGUAACCGUGAGGGAAGACCUGAGGGUGUGCUUCAUCAUUACGAAUUCCCAGUUCCUUGUCGCCCAUCUGUGUGGGAAUUCUGACAGCAACAGUGUUCUAUGCACUCGCGACAUGUCAACGUACCUGUCAAAUGCGAGGACCAUCGACGGAAGCUUUUACAACCAGGACGCCUUGUGUGCGGCCGAGGGGGGGCAAGCCGCGACCAGCUUCAACAUCGAUAACCUUCUAGAGCUGAAGUAUUACUACGGUUCUAUAAAAGCUUGGACAACGAUGCUGUAUGAAGUGAGUCGCGCAAUAAUCGGUUGGAGCCGCAAAGAGAAGUGGUACGACGGCAAGGUCGUUUCUGUUUCAAAACUUGAUAUCCCUGUGAAUCCAAGUGAAGAGUACAAAAUCGAGAAGACCUUCUGCUUCGUCUUCAAAAAUACUUCCAUGCUCGUCACCCAAGAGUGCUUUGACAACACGACCCUCAUGAGCGCCCUCUGCCUCUUCGUAUGAGCGCUUUCUCACCUCAAGGGCGAGGCAUGUGCCGUAUGGUGAUUAUUUGUGCCGUUUGGUGAUGUGGUGCAUAAUGAUUAUGACGAUGUGAAAGUUAUGUAGGUGUAUAGGGGUUAUUGUGCUGGUAUAUGUUCCUCAUGAUGGUAUACAAUGAUAAUGGUGAUUUUCGUAAUGGUAUAAUUUUCAUGGUGGAAAGUGGUAACUAUUGUGGCAGAUGAAAAGGAAAUUAAGAAUGUAUGAAGACUAGUACUACAUCUGUGAUUUAGAUUUUUAUCUUGUCUCACUUUACAUCUCACCCUCCCAUCCUUUCUUGCUUGCCUCAAGUCUCAACACAUAGCAUAGGUUGACUUACCAUAAAUCUGCCGUUCAUUGUAGAAGUGUAAUGCACUUAUUAGAUUACCCUGCUUCUGUUUAAAAGCAAAAACAUAUAGUAACGUCUGUAAUAAAAAAAAAUCCCACCAUGUAUGUUUUCUCUCUUUAAAAAAGCAAGAUGCCUAGUGUUUUUAACUAAAAAUGAAGUGAAUGUUUUAAAGUUCAGUCAUAAAAAAAGCUGCCUAGUGUUUUCAACUAAAAUAAAGUGAAUGUUUUUAAGUUUAGUCAUUAAUGUAAUAAUUUGUCCCUCUAUAUGUUACCGACGCUUCUAUAUAAUUUCCGAAAUAUACAAAUGAAAAUUGAAUACAACCUUUCCUGGCCUUGUUCCAUGCUAGUUUAGAUACAUUUAUAAAUAAACGAUAAAACACCGUGCAUAAGAGAAUAUCUUCCAUGAGUCCGUUCAGCCUGCACGCUUCAUAGGAUCGAUUGUGUCAGUUUGCUAAACUAAAAUAUGCAUGUCCAAUUUGUUUCACUCUGUAAUAUAACUAUAAACUUUAUUACGAAUUCUGCCAAAAUUCUUGUUCCUUUAUGCUUCACUUAAAAAAAUACAUCUCAUAUCCUGUUUUUUUUCUGUUCAUAGAUGAAUACAAUUGGAAUCUGAUUAUGAAAAUAAUGCACUUACGUGUUAAUUUCGUCUAGAACUGAGCAGAGUUGAUCGUGACAAAGAUAGAAAAUGGAAUGAAUGAGAGCGAACACUUUAAAUCUUCUGAUGAAUAUUUAAUCAAACAAGUCAGAAUUAUCUCUUGCACUGUGAAGUAAUUAAUUCAUACCUCUUUUUUUACAUCUAUCUGUCUUAAUGAAAUGCUGGUCACUAUUUUCUCUUCAUUUUACAUUGGUCAAUAUGCAUGCAAAAGACACUUUAUCGCUAUAA